AUGGCCGAAGACUACCAAUUUCCGUGCUGCGAUGAAGGGAGCGACUUUGAUUCCUGUGUCCGCUGUAACAAAUGUGAGGCGUGGUACCAUUUCUGCUGCGUCAACAUCGAUGAAGAGGACGUGGAGGGAAUGCUUUGGUAUUGUAAUAAAUGUAUUUGCUUGGAACCAUCCCUUCUGGAAUCCUUUGGAGCAGUUGGACAAACUGCAACUCGUCGGCAGCCACAUAGGGCAGCCAAAAAGAAAGGUAGUAAAGAGCCUGCAGUCGGUCCAGGUUCUAGAAGUAGCUUGUUGUCAAAUGCAGUAUCAAAUAGCGGUCCCGGUACAAUUGAAGCGCGAAGUGAGACUAAAAUAAGGAAAAGUGGAAGUGAGACAUCAAAAAGAUCAGUGCGUGAGGCAGCUAAGCGAGAACUGCAACGAAUGCAUGAAAUAAGUAUGAAGAAAAUGGAAGAAGAAGAAAUCGAGAGAAAGUUGUUGGAACAUAAACUUAAAACAGUUCAACGCGAACGAGAAGAGAUGGAAUCUAGGCACGAACAGGAGAGGCUUGCUGAAGAAGUCAGCGAUUCAAGUGAAGAUAAUUCGGGCGAAGGAGAGGCAGAUGCUUUUCUCGAGAAGGUUGAAGCAUGGAAUGCAGAUCAGAAAAAUCAACAUUUAGAAGAUCCGUUGCGAGAAACCUUGGAGAUACCUGCUCAAGUGAAACAAUCGACCAUGAAUCGAGACGAAAACAAGCAGCGGUCGUCAGGAGCUAAACCAAAGUCGAACUUUGGUCGUCGUGAAGUGCUUCCAGCCAACAUAAGCAGCAUAGGGAGUGAUUUCGAGGCUCCAUGUGGUGUAAUGAGGAGAGGUUUACAAGGAAUUCGAAAAGAACCAACACAUCUACAGAUAGCUGCCCGACAAGUGUAUCCUAAAACCUUGCCCAAGUUUUCAGGAAGACCAGAAGAGUGGCCGAUAUUUAUUAGUGCAUUUGAACAAGCUAAUGAAUCUUGUGGAUUCACUGAUGCAGAGAAUUUGGUGAGGCUUCAAGAAGCAUUGUUGGGGAAAGCACUGGAAACUGUGCGCAACCGUCUGCUGCUUCCAGGAAACGUUCCUAAAAUCAUCGAGAAGCUCCGCAAAAGGUUUGGAAAUCCUGAAAUCCUAUCCACUAUGCUAGCAUACCGAAUAGAACGUCUUGCAGGACCCAGUUCAGAAGAUCUUGAAUCGUUGAUCGAAUUCGGCAGUGCUGUGGAAGAGUUUACCGAACACGUGAAAGCGGCGAAACUUUUCGAUCAUCUCAAAAAUCCAAUCCUUAUGCAAAGUCUUGUACAAAAACUCCCUUCGUGUUACGUUAUGGAGUGGGUUGAGUUUAAACGUCGCUGGUCUGUGGUUGAUUUGGAAACAUUUGGAAAUUUUAUGGAGGAAUUAGUCGAUAAAGCGUUGAAAGGAACGUUUGAGCAAUUUAGUGCGGACGACAUAAUGAAAGGCAAGAAGAAGGAGAAGCUUGGAACGAAAGGAUUUGUCAAUUCUACAGACGGCGAGACACUAAAUCAAUGUUGUAUGUGUACCCAAAAGGAAUCGGCGACAGAUAUACAAAAACCCCAACAAGCUGGCGGAGUCAUUCGUUCAGUGACAAACGAUCGCAGCUGUUCAGUUUGUAGGAAACCCGGUCACUUUGGAAGAAACUGCAACGAGUUUUUAAAGUUGAACAUAGAAGAAAGAUGGAGGACUACGAAUCGAUUACAAUUAUGCCCAUUAUGCAUCUUCAAUCACGGUGGAAAGGAGUGUUAUUCGAAACGAAGAUGUAAUGUUAACCAGUGUCAAAAAAGACAUCACCCAAUGUUACACUGGGAGGAAACUACGGGAUCAUAUACCAUCAGAAAUUGCAACAACCAUCAUCGCUCAGAUCAUUCUGUUCUCUUUCGGAUUAUGCCUGUUACUCUAUAUAGUUCGGAGAAGCAAGUCCAUGCACUAGCUCUUAUCGACGAGGGUUCUUCUGUUACCUUGAUAGAUAAUGAUUUAGCAAAUCAGUUGGGAGCAGAAGGAGAACGAGAACCAUUACAAAUGUCGUGGGCCAAUGGAAUUAAUUCAACUGAGAACGAAUCGUUGAAGUUAAAUCUUAAGAUUUCUGGUAGAGGAAGUACCCAUAAGUAUAAUUUGCUUGAUGCCAGAACGGUUAAAAAUCUGGAUUUACCCAUGCAAGAGCUUAGCAAAUCUGAGUUGGAAAGGAAGUACAAACAUAUCCAAGAUGUCACAAUUCCAUCCUACAGCGUUUCUGCUCCAAAGCUUUUGAUCGGCAUCAACAAUAUCCAUUUGAUUGCCCCUCUCCAAUCACGUGUAGGUGAACUUGGCGAACCCAUAGCAGUUCAGUGCAAGCUUGGUUGGACACUGUAUGGACCAAGGCCUCGAGUUGUAUCAAAUGUAUUUUUCAUAGGGCACCAUCGUUGUAACUGUGAUAAGUGUUGCAAGACAGAUCGUGAAAUGAACGACGCUUUGAAACAAUUCUUCCAGCUCGAAGCUGUUGUUGUAUCCCCUGUUCCUCUGGAAUCGAAAGAAGAUCAACGAGCGCGAGAGAUUCUGCACAAAACGACUAGAAGAGUAGAUGAGCAUUUCGAGACAGGUCUUCUGUGGAAAGAAGAUGAAAUAUCUUUUCCAGAAAGUUACAAGAUGGCCGUGAACCGAAUGCAUAGUUUCGAAGCUCGUAUGAAUCGAAAUCUGGGAGUAAAAGAAGCGAUCGAGCAACAGAUAGAGGAGUAUAUAGCCAGAGGUUACGCGCAUCGCAUAACACCAAGAGAGCUCAAAGAGACGAUGCCGGAAAAAAUUUGGUAUUUGCCGCUCAACUACGUGACUCACCCUAAGAAACCUGAAAAGAUUCGACUUAUAUGGGAUGCUGCAGCUAAGGUGAAAGGAGUGUCUUUGAACGAUAAACUCCUCAAAGGACCCGAUAUGAUCACUUCAUUACCAGCUGUGAUCAAUGGAUUUCGUGAGAGGAAAAUUGCUUUCGGCGGUGACAUACGGCAAAUGUUUCACCAGAUCCAGAUCCGUGCAGAAGAUCGACAAGCCCAACGCUUCCUUUACCGAUCGAAUACAUAUGAAGAACCGCAGAUUUAUGUUAUGGAUGUCGUUACGUUUGGAGCUAGAUGCUCCCCUUGUAUUUCGCAGUUUGUGAAGAACCUAAAUGCUCGCGAGCAUGAGAGUGAAAGUCCCGAAGUGGUAGAGGCUAUCGUAAAAAAACAUUUCGUCGAUGACUAUUUCGACAGUGCAGAUACGGAGGAAGAAGCUGUAAAAAGAGCAGUCAGUGUCAAAUCAAUUCACGCUGCUGGUGGAUUUGAGAUAAGAAAUUGGGUCAGGUCAUGUGGACUGAUUCACGCGCUGUUUAUUCAUGGGUCAGAUCCGAUCGAAAAAAGUACAAAGAAUUUGUUGCUCAUCGUGUUGGACAAAUAUUAUCUAUCACUAAUCCAGAAGACUGGCGUUGGGUGCCAACAAGAAGUAAUCCAGCCGAUGAUGUUACGAAGUGGGGAAAAGCAACUGAAGUCCACUCAUGCAGUCGAUGGUUUAAAGGACCAGACUUUUUGUACGAAGCGGAAGAGUCUUGGCCCGAACAAUGCCACACCCUGA